AUGCCAGUUACAAUGGAGUCCUUGGAUCAGGAGCCCAUUCGCCUGGCGUUGGGUCGAGCUGCCUGGUGGAUGCCCAACCCUAUUCCUAGUGGAUCAGCACCACCAUCCACCAUCACCAUCACCACUCAGCCUGCGAACCACUUACCUGAAACUUCCGCGGAGGAAACGCGAAAAUUGUCAUUUGCCGCCGCUUUAAAGGAUUUGCUGCAGAACCUGUCCUUCCAUUGUUACAGCAAAUUAGUGGAGCAGGGUCGCCGGAUUCAGGAGCGUUUCUUUUGGUUCGUUUUCCACAUAACCGCUUUGAGCGUCCUAAUUGCAUUCCUCUGGGGCACCUACACCAACGAACAGGAGGCCUUGGUGACCACCAUGUACCAUCCAAUGUAUCCCAUUUGGAAGGUGGAGUUCCCGGCCGUUUCCGUGUGCAGUUCGAACCGCAUCUCACAACGCGCGGCCUGGCAUUAUGCCCACAAUCUCAGUGGCAAGGAUCCCAAGCUUCGCAAUGCCAGCUUUUUCUAUGGUCAACUGAAGGCGUUUAUGUACAUGUACUAUGAUCCCUCGGAUCUGGUGGAAAUAGAUAAUGCUUUGCGAUUCCAGAGUUUCUUGGACAGGUUUGAUACCGGAGAAGAGGAGCUCUUCUUUAAUACCAGAAAACGUUUGCGUGCCCUUACGCCGAAUUGUAGUGAUAUGUUUGUGAGCUGCAGAAUUGCUGGACGACUGUUCGACUGCAUGGAUCAGUUUGAGGAGACUCUGACCAGUCAUGGCUACUGUUGCACUUUCAACUACGAUGGGAGAUACGUCAAUAAGAGGGACUUUAGACAGCGCUACUUUGGCCCUGACAUGGGACUAGUUUUGACUUUAAAGGCAGAUCCCAGGGACAAUUUUUACAAGAUUAAUGGUCACAAUGGCUUUUCUCACAGUUAUCCCGAUCCCUAUUCCGGAGGAGUGGCUGAACGAGUAGCCGAAACGGGUUUUAACACCUUGCUGCCAGUAAGGGCCAAAAUCUUUGAGACCCUGCCAGAGGCGCGUAGUAUGAGUCAAUCGGUGCGCAAGUGCCUGUUUGAGAACGAGAUGCCGUGGAUCUUUACUCGACACUAUACCUUCAGCAAGUGCAUCUCGGCUUGCAGGGCGAAAAGUGUCGUGAGUCUUUGCGAAUGCGUUCCGUUCAGCUUGCCGCACAGAUAUAUCGAUGGGAAUGAGAGGCACAUCUAUUGCACAUUGCAGCACCUGGCCUGCCUCAAGCGAUACGAGUUCAAGUGGUUGAAUGUCAUCACCAGUCGCGAGAAUGUGACUGGCUUGGAGCACGAGCUGCAGGACGCCCUCUUCUGUCCACUCUGCUUGGCCUCCUGCACGGAGACCAGGUACAGUGUGCGAGGAGCCAUGACUCUGGGCCUGCCCACUCCCAAUCCGACCAAGGGUCCAAAGCGAAGCAGUUCCGGACCCCGUGCCAAUAACAGUUACGGCACCGGAAAAGUCCCCGGCUCAUCCCAAUCCUCAUCCGCCUCCGCAGAACUGGCCGUGGUUCGUAUUUAUUUUGCCGAAACGCACAUUCAAUACUUUCGCCAGAUUAUUAAGAACGCCUGGUACGAGACCUUCAGUACAAUUGGCAACAUCUGCGGCAUUAUAGCCGGCUUCUCGCUGAUUGGCAUCUGCGAGCUGUUGUUUUUCCUAGCCAAACAAUUAUGGCUGGCCUGCCGCGCGGAACUUCGUGCCGAGCUCGCCCACAUCCAGGCCCAAAUGCGGACGCAGGUGGCGGAACCGGAAGUAGAGCGGCCGAUGAAGUUGUUUAUUCUGCCGUAAUUGAGCCGCAAUGCAUCGUUAACUUUAGAGCCCACUGAUUUUUAUGCACAUCU